GGGAAAGAAAUAAAAUAAAAUAUGAAACACUAGCAACUGAUAACGGGCUCCGAGUUCAACUUCGAAAGCCUCACUCAAGUGGUCGUCGUAACAACCAUGACUGGCGGUGGCGGUGACGCGCAGCCACCAUUACCUUGGAGUAACGGCGGCGAGUUUCUUCUCUCGUUACUUCAAAAAUCACAACAGCAACCACAAACGCAAUCAAAUGUUCAUCAAUUACCCUCUUCACCCGUACCAAUUAAUUCUCCAAAUUUACAAUUGCCUGACGAUCCAGCAGUUGCAGCUGUGGGUCCUUCAUUGAAUUUUCCCGUACAAUGGCCAUCCAAAGGUUUCGAUCUUCCUCCACCGUGGUCCCACAAUCUCUCGCCUCCUUUUCCCCACAAUUUCCUAGGGUUUCCUCAAAACCAUUGGCAAUCGCCUCCGGGGAAUCAGAGAGUUUUGAAUGAAGAUUUUAGCCGAUUAGGGAUUUCGAACGCCAGUUUCGCAAUUCAAAAUCUUGUUGUUCCGCAGCAGCAAAACCUUCAAGAGCAACACCAGAAACUCCUGUUUGGUUCUCUUCAAGCCCAAAACCCACCCGCUGGUUUACCUUCCAAUUUGGAUUCUUUGGAUAAGUUGAAAUACGAUUUUCCAAACGGAUUAGACUGGAACAAUCAAUUCGAGCCGCGAAGAAGUCCUGUUCCAAAUCAAAAUUUUGUUCAACAUUUGGACAAUUCAGUUGGCAAACAGCAUGAUACAUCAGCGCCGCCUCCAGGGUUUUUGAAAAAGUCAAGAGGAGGAGGAAUAGUGGGAGGAAACAGUUGGAGGGGGUCUCAGUUUAAUGUGGAUAAGGAGAAGGUGAACUGCAGUGUUGAAGAUGGGAAUGGGAGAGUGGUUAGAUUGCCAUCUGAACGUACCAAUGCCCAAGGGCUCACUGGACAGUUUGACCAUCCUGGCCCACCUUCAAGAAGUAACCUUCAUUCGGUCGCAGCAUCUGGUAUUGAAGAGUCCAUGUCGGAUUUGCACAGAGAGGAUGGAGAAAGGCAUCGGAUGCGGGAGAAGGUGAGGAGGGAGACUGGUCCUGGCUAUGGUCGAGGAGGUGAAGAUUUGGAUGAUUUUGAUGGAGAACCGGUGGAUUCUUUGUUGCCUGACGAUGCAUCUGAUUACAAAAAUGACCUUAACGACAGGAAACAGCCGCGGCGGGAUAAGGAAUCCAGACGGGAUAAUAGAGGAAAAAGGCUACUUAGUCAAAGGAUGAGAAGCUUAAAAUGGCAGCUUCAAUGUCGCAGUAAUAUAGAUGGAAUGAAUUCUCCUUUUCUUGCAAUUUAUGAGUCUUUAAUACCGCCAGAGGAAGAAAAGGCAAAGCAGAAGCAGUUGUUAGCAUCAUUGGAGAAAUUAGUUUGCAAAGAAUGGCCUGAUGCUCGGUUGUAUCUUUAUGGAUCCUGUGCUAAUUCAUUUGGAGUUUCUAAAAGUGACAUUGAUGUUUGCCUUGCAAUUGAUGAUCCUAACAUCAACAAAUCUGAGGUGUUGUUAAAGUUGGCCGAUAUCUUGGAAUCAGAUAAUCUUCAGAAUGUGCAGGCACUAACACGAGCAAGGGUCCCUAUAGUAAAGCUCAUGGAUCCAGUGACUGGAAUUUCUUGUGACAUAUGCAUCAACAAUCUCUUGGCUGUUGUAAAUACAAAGCUUCUUCAGGAUUAUGCUCAAAUUGAUGUGCGAUUGCGGCAACUGGCAUUCAUUGUUAAGCAUUGGGCCAAAUCAAGAGGAGUUAAUGAAACUUAUCAUGGAACCUUAUCAAGCUAUGCGUAUGUUUUGAUGUGCAUUCAUUUCUUACAGCAGCGUAGACCUGCUAUUCUUCCAUGUUUACAGGGAAUGGGGAAAACUUACUCUGUGACUGUUGAUGAUAUUGAAUGCGCUUACUUUGAUCAAGUUGAAAAGCUACGCGAUUUUGGGUCCCGUAGCAAGGAAACUAUUGCUCAGCUUGUGUGGUCGUUUUUCAGUUAUUGGGCAUAUGGUCAUAAUUAUGCAAGUUCUGUGAUAUCUGUACGCGCAGGAAGCAAAAUAAGCAAACAAGAAAAAGACUGGACGAGGAGGAUUGGUAAUGAUCGACAUUUAAUAUGCAUAGAGGAUCCCUUUGAAAUAACUCAUGACCUUGGUCGAGUGGUGGACAAGUUCAGCAUAAAAAUCCUAAGGGAGGAGUUUGAACGUGCUGCUGAUAUAAUGCAGUGUGAUCCGAAUCCUUGGGUGGCACUUUUUGAACCUUAUGUUCCUAGUCGACUUGUCUAAGGCUUGGUUCUGUUUGUUAGAUGUAAUUACAAUUAAAGAUUUUGAUAAGCUUAUAUAUAGGCCUCUCAGUCAUCCUCCUCAGUUUCAUCCUUCCGUUUAUAGCAUUUUUGUAUUUAGCGGCUCGGCCUUUUUUAUUCGUGUGAUUAUUGGUUUAGAAGACUUUUGCUUGAUAGACCCUUUCAAUUAACACAAUUAUCAUUAUCAGU